AUGGACAUAAACAAUACACUUUACAAGGAAAUCAAUAGAAUUGGAGAGAAGUUGAAGUCUCUUGAAAGCCCGUGCGAAUGUGUAAUCGACAUCAACGGUCGAGCAAGCUUGUAUAGAGGUGAGGUUCCAGGUGAUGCUGAUUGCAUGAUUAAGCAUCGGGAAGAUGGCUUUCUAAUUUUCAAGGGCUCGCAUGAGUUCAUGAUAGACGCAAUGUCUAGCUUCAUAAUACCAUCAAUAAUAUCUAGGGCCAAGAAAGAGGCAAUGCCCAUUUCGAUGGGCGGGACGCUUAGGCUGCUAGGGCAUCAUGCCAGCCACUUGGCCAGAGCGCUAAACAAGAAAGCUAGCAGUGCAAGACCAUGUCUGAACAUGGAAACGCAGGAUGUUUCCAAGAUCUAUGAGAAGUAUGCCAACGAUCUUAAGAAUGGGCUUGAUCCAGAAAAACUACUUUCGAAGUGUGAAAUGGACCUUAUCCAUAGGAGUGGAGAGCAAUGGGUUAGCUGCAUAAGAAGGCUGUAUGAGUCUACAGGGUCUACUCGAGACGGCUUUUGUGAAGAAAAGGAUUUCUGGUGCAGAUUCUAUAUGUCUAUGUGCUAUAUAAGAGAAUUCCGAGAGUAUGAAGUAUUUAGAUUUGCUCAUGAUGUCUUGAGGAAAAGUGGGAGGUUUGUUAUUGUAACAACAUUGGACAGCUUAUUGUCUUCAGACAAGUACUUUGAGCUUGGGAAAAGGCUCUACGGGUUCUAUGAAGACAUAGACUUCAGCGGGAUCUACUUUCCAAAGAGUUUAUACGAAUUUAAGGAUUGUACUAUAAAUGCUAUAGAGAUGAUCAGCAAGAGUAUUGGGAAGCAAUCAAAAAUGGCUAGAAAGCUAAUUUUGGUCCAAAUGGACCGCUUGGUCGGGUUAAUAAUGGACCAUGUGAACGAGCACAUGUCUAUAGGGCUAAUAGAAUGUUUUGAUGAGCUACUUAUACGUUGCAUAGAGGGGAUGUCCUCACUUUCAACCUCUAUGGAGGAAGAAGAGUCCGAAGUAGGAUCCUUUGAAUCGUCAUUAUUCUACGAGUUCCGAGGAAGAGAGCGCCUAGAACGGUUCUAUGCCGAAUUUGAGGGCAUCAAACGAGUUGUUCUCUUUACCUGGUCAUUCAAGAGACUUGGUAAGGUCCUUUUUGACUUGCCUGAAGGUCUUAAGGACAAGGAUUGUGAAGCAGAGCACAGAGUGUUACUACAGGAGACUGUACUAGAAGUGGGGGAUCCAAGUGACGAGCCUGUGGUAGCGUGGAUGGCAAAAGAUAUUUUUGAUCCCGAAAUCAGAUCGCAGAUUUCGUUCCACAGCCAGGAGAUAUUUGCUUCGGACGUCCUCAAUGCAGUUUUUGAAAGGGUGAAUGAGGCUGGGCUAGCUCUUUUAGGGGAAAGUGAUAGUGAAGUUUUGUCUGUACUACUUGGGGAGGAGGAUGGAGAAAGGUUUUCAAAAUUGUGCAAGAUCAUGGAGAUGUUCCGUUUCUUCAAUUCCUUUGACACAUUUUCGAGAAGAACGCUCAACAGUAGAAUGAUGAUUAUCAGGUACUUGAACUCCAUUGUAAAUGUAGGCUUUUCAUCUCUUUGUGAAGACUGCUGCAGCAAAGUGCCAAAUAUCCUCAUACUCCGUGACUUGCUUACGGAAGUAGAUAGGGUUUUGAGGCUGUUUUUUGGAGAGGUGAACGACGGAAUGGUGCAUCUAUCUGAGAUUAGAAAGACAAGGAACUACGUGGAAAGGCAAACAGAUGAUGUAAUAGACGAAUGGAGUAGCUGGGUACUUUCGGACGGGUUUUUCUCUGAGAGAGUGGUAAGAAUUCAUAGGGUAGGUGGUGGCAGAAAGUUCAAGGUUUCACUUGGACCCACUGUUCUAAAGAGGUUAGAAGAGUAUCUAGUGAUUGUGGAGCUGGAAGAUAGUACACAUAGGAUUACUCAGGAAGUGCGGGAAGCAGCGUUCUUAGCAUCCAAAAUCAAAUCUGCCUACGCAAAGCUUUACGAUGGGUGCAAUACGAUCAACAUGAUAUUAGAGGAUAUGUACAGCGAUAUGGAUCUGUUCUACGGAGAAGUAGAUGCGGUGUUUGCAUCCAUGGAAAAUAUCUUAGAGCUUAGGUGGAAGGAUGUGAAAGAAACAAGAGAGAUAGAUGCGCUCAUGAAUAAAAUAGGAGAGCUUGAGAGCAGAGUAUAUUCCUACAGAUUCUUUGUGAUGAAGGUAGCAAGAGAGGAGAUGAGGGCAGUGUUUUCGAAGCAGAUCCAGAAAAGAAUGGUGUUUUCGCUUGAAUCGAAGGCUUACCUGGAAUUCUUCAAGUUUUACGAGAAGAGUAUUGUAAUACGGGGGAUAAACAGAUCGAUGGGUAGAGUGUUCUUGCAGUAUCUCGAGUCUGUGCUUGAGGCACUUAAGGCGGAUGACAGCAACUUCUUUAUCUCGAGACAUCGAAUUAAGGGAGGGCGGAUAAAGAGCACUGGAGAGUGUUGUGACUUGGUGGGCUUGUUCGAGCCGCCUCUUUCCGAGUACUUUAAGAUUCUAGAUAGAAUAUUUCCCUCUGAGAGCGGAUACUUCUUUGAUGAGAUUCUUCUGAGGUUCAAUCCUGAUGACGAGGCAAAGGCACGGGUGGAAAGCAUAAUUGAAGCCGUUAGGACGAAGUACAGCACUUGUUUAGAAACCCUAGAGGCUGUUUUUGUUUCUGAGCUUCCCUCAGGGUUGUACGAAAGAUUCACGAAGAUUAAAGACUCCUGCAGAAGUGUCGAGAUGCUAGUGAAGAACAUGAUUCCCUUCUUUGUUUUUGAGCACUGCAUGGAUGCUUCUGAGCAUAUAAAGCUGUUGGAAGCGGCAUGCGACGAGGUUCAGAGGUUUGUAGACAUAGAAAACUCCAGAGUCUACGAAAUGCUGACAUCAAGGAAGACCAGUGCUGAUGACGCUAUGUGGCCAAAAAGAGGCGUUGAGGAAUGCGAUCUAGUAAGCGAAGUAUCUCAGAUGAUAGAGGUUAGUGAGUAUUUGAACUCUAAUGAAUUCAAAACUCUUGAAGAGCUAAAUAAAGCUGUAUCUGAACAUGGAAUGAGAAAGCCAGGGAUAUCAAUUGAACUUCUCAGGAAAGAAAAAGAUGCAUCUUUGAAAGCAAGCAAGGAGGUUUUGAAUGCCUUUUUGAAUGAAGUUCCAUUUGAUUCUCUGAAGCUGAUGCGGAAAUCUUUGGUUGAGGAGGCAAGGAUUCUUGAAGAAAAGAUAGACGACAUAACCAGAGAGAAGGAUGAGCUUAUGUUCUGGCCUGUGUUUAAGUCACUCAAAGCCAAGCAAAGGGAGCUUGAUGAGAGGAUUGGAAGCUUCAACAAGGUCCUUAAGAUUGUGGAGCUUCCAAUGAUUUCCAGCAACCUUAGUGAGAAGAUAGAUGUGCUAGAUAACGAAUGGAGCAACUUCACUAAACUUGGGGCAUCUCUUAAGGAAUAUGAGUCCCAGAGGGUAUGCAAUGUAGACAUUCACGAGAUCACCUCAUUUCUAAAAUCUAUUGAUGUGGACAAGUCUUGUGCAGGAUACUACAAAGAGUUUUUGAACAAGAUAAGGCAUUAUGUGCUGGCGUCGAGUUAUUUGCAGCAUGUAAGAAGUUUCUAUGUAAAGAAAAAGUACUUUGACGUGGAGAUGGAAAUGAAACAGUUCUUCUUUCUGUUCAACAAGGAGGAAAUAGAAGAGAAGCUUAUGGAUUCGAGGAUGGAAUAUGAGGUUGAGAGAUACAUAGAGAAGGUUAGGGCAGAGGUAUCUUUAAUGAGGCUUGAGACACGGAUUGCUGUUGGGGAGCAGCUGGUUGUAUCAAACGUGGACGAUGCUAUGGAUAAGGUCAACAAGCUUUUAGUGGAGCAUGAUUCAAUAUCAAGAUUCAACAAGAAACACUUUCUCUUUGAAGAGCUUAAUGGUGUUAAGCUACUAAUGAGCAGAUGCCUUGACCUUCUGUCCUGCAUUGAAGAGGUACAGAAAGGAAUACUAGGGUUUGCAAACGUCUUCUCUGCUGAAAUGCUAGAGUUUGAGUCUAAGAGAUACUCAAUGAUAAGACAAAAGUUCUCUGAUAGCUUAUUUGGGCCGAGAUCUUCAGGAGUUGCCCAAAAUGAGUAUGUUGAGCUAGAGACACUCCUGGCCCACGAAGACAAGUUCCUAGACAUUAAGAAGAACCUUGACGACACGACAAGAGGACUCAAGGCAUUUCUCAAAAGAUGCAGAGAGGAAACACCCAGGCUUUACCUUGUUUCUGAUGACGAUCUUAUCAAGGCAUUGAACAGUAGGUCUUACUAUAAAGAGAUAGUGAGGAUGAUGUUUAAUAUAGGGUCUGUCAUAGACAAGAACGGGAAUGUUAUAGGGUUUGAAAGCUGCGGAGAACGGGUAAUGCUGCGGAAGCAGAUCCCGAUUGACCAAAGCAUUGGAGGCUUUGUUAGGAUGCUUUCGGAAGAGAUUAGGAAUACCCUUAAGUCUUGGUUCUAUGAAAGCCUGGAAGACAUAAAGGAGGGAUGUCCAUCAAUUAUUUUGGACCUGGUUACUGAAUUCAAGUACUUCAGCAUGAAGGACUGCAAGAUGACGCCGAAGCUUAGGAUGCUUGAGAGAGAAAUGAAGAAGCAUCCCAAUGGAGUGAGCCGGCUGUAUCCAAAGCCGGUUAUGGUAGAUGGGGUGGUUUACAUGGAUUCCAUUGAAAAGACAGAAUAUGGCUUUGAGUAUUAUCCGCCGACAGACAUUGUAUUUACAUCCUUAGUGUGCCGUGUGAUUUCAAGCAUAGUUGUCUCACUAAGGAGUUUGUGUGGCGUGAUUCUGUAUGGAAGAAGCGGGACAGGAAAGACGGAGUCGGUGAAGUACUACUGUAGACUUGUUGGAAGGCCUGUUUUUGUAUUCUGUUGCAAUGAGGGAUGUGAGCUAGUGACGCUUCGGAAUGUUAUUGAGGCUGGGGUUCUAACCGGAUCCUACCUAUGCUUUGACGAGUUUAACAGGCUAAGCUCGGAGAUAAUGAGCGGAGCCACAGAGCUUAUUCUUUCGAAUAGGAACAAGACGAAGUUCUUCCUCACAAUGAACAUAGGGUAUAAGGGGCGAUACCAACUUCCCAUAAGUCUAAGGGGAGUGUUUGGGGAAAUAAGGAUUGACGUGCCUGACACGAAGGAUAUCAUCGAUCACUACUGUGGGGAGAUUUCUGAAAAGAUAUACCAACUAAUGUGCAAAGUGGAGGCAAGUGCAAGUAAGCAAGAGCAUUAUGACUUUGGGCUAAGAGCAAUCCGAGUGAUUGCAAGGAAAAGUGGAGAGUUUGAGAUUAUGAAGUCGAUUGUCUACUUCUACAUGGCAUGUCUUCUAAGGAAAGAUAAGGCCGUGUUUGUUAAGGAGAUGAAGAAGGCCUUUGGAACGGAGGUAGGUGUAAAUCUUUCGUACAAGGACAUGGCGAUGUACGGAUUUGAAAGCGGAAGAGGUGUUCUUAUUGUGGGGAGAAACGGUGUUGGGAAAAGCAGAUUGAUAAGAAUGGUCCGAGAUGUAAGGAAGGCCAUAUGUUUCUAUUACAACCCAAAGAACAUGGGAAGAGUGUUUGGGUGGCGUGACGACCUCACUGGGGAGUGGAGGGACAGCAAGUUCGUCCGAGACCUAAGGAGAAACAUGCACAGAAAGGAGGAGUGCUGGUUUGUAUUUGACGGGAUUGUGGAGUCUUUUUGGAUUGAGGAUUUCAAUUCGAUACUGGAUGAAAACAGACUGCUGUGCUUAAGCUCUGGAGAAAGAAUCAUGAUUCCAGAUCACUAUAGGUUUGUGUUUGAAAGCACGUCCACGGAGAAGCUAACGCCUGCAACAUUGACUAGGGUAUUUCUUAUAUACAUGGAGGAGGGCGAGCCUUCCUCUGCAUUAAGUGAACGAGACGCUAGCGAUUCCGAGAAAGACAUAAAGUAUGAUGGGAGUAAGGUUCAGGGAUUUCCAUUUAGGAAACUGACUUCAACGGAGGAGCAAAGCUUUUAUGCAGGGAGUAUUGAGGCACUAUCAAGCGAUGGAAGAAGGGCUUUCUUCAUAAGAGGAGAGGAGGGUGUUGGAAAAAGAUCUUUGGUUGAAGAGGUUUUUUCCGAUGACGUCACUGUGAUUGAAGGAAAGGUGCUGGAGGCCUCGAGAAUGGAAAGAAUUCUAGGGGAAGAUAAGAUAAAGAGGAUGAACGGAGAGAAGGUGCACGAUGUAAGAUCUGUGGUUUACAUUGAAGGAUUUGACUGUACAAAUGAAAACCUAGUAGAGGUGGUUAGGGAAUAUAAUGAGUAUGGAAGAGUCGGGGAGCUGGAAAUAAAAAACAUGGUUCUGAUCUGUGGGAUUGAUGAGAAGAGAGGGGAGGAUGCAGUUUGCAAUACAGCGGCAGAAAGAUUGAAAAGGAAUAUGAGAUCCAUAUUUGUAGAGGCGCCAAGGAACAUAUCAUUUUUAUUUGGGGAAGAGAUCAGAAAGAGAUUCAGAGAUACAAGGCAUUUUGGGGACACUAUGAAGAUUUUAGAAACUGUGCUGUUUGCCUACAGAAGUCUUGGGGUCUCUCUCGGGAAGGCUAUAGGGUUCAUUAGGACAUUAAGAGACUUGUGCAUUGGAGAAGAAGACAUUGCGAGCCUAAUGUACUUUGAAUCGAAGAUUUACUUUGGAGAGUGUGUGCGCCUACGGGAUGAGAUACAGAGGAUAUUUGGAAGAAAGGUUGAUGAGAUUGAGUUUGAUCUUGAGACAGGGAAGUUUAGGAAGGCUGGGGAGAGUAGUGAUGUCUCAUAUAUAGGGUCGAUUCUUCAUAGAGGAUACAACGUUGUGAUUGAAGGACCUAAGAUGUCUGGAAAGCACUGGGUGAUAAAAGAAUGUAUGAGGCGGAUGAAGAUAAACGUAAAAGUAGUUGGGAGCUCGGAUGAAAAGAAGAUUGAUGGGCAAACAGCAUUCCUCGUAGAAAAUGGACAUUCUCUUGGAAGAAGUAUACUUAGCCGGUGCAUGGUGUUUAAGUUGGCAAGGGCUACCUAUUAUUCUGUAGACCUACUCAAAGUUUAUAAUAUGGUUGCCAAUGAGAACAUAUCUCUGGAAGAUGUAUGGAGAAGAUGUCUUGUUCCUGAGGUUGGGAUCUGCAUUGAUUCUGAAAGCAUUGGAGCAUUGAUUGAGACAUCUCCUUUGAUAAUGAAUGUUGAGGAAGACGGGCAUCCCCCUUCGUGUCUUCACCCGAAUGUUAUAACAACAAGCUUUUUCUGCAAGUCUAUUGGAUUUGUAGAGAGCUUUGUCCGGAUUUGCAAGGUGCUCCGAGAAAAGGAAGCUAAAAGGAAGGAGUUUCUGAUUGGAGGAUUAGGAAAGAUUGAAGAGUUCAGAAAAGAGGCAUGGGCAUUGGGAUCUGAGUCAUCUCGGAAGAAGAAGGAUCUGGAGGAGCUUGACUUGAAGCUGGACAAGCAGCUUGAGAAGAUCAUUAGCUCUCAGAAACAAUUAGAAGAUGAGAAGAAUGUUGUUGGAAAUAGGAAAAAAGAAAUGGAAGAAGCACUGAAGAUAAACCAGAAGAAGCAAGAGAUGAUAGAUAAAAGGCUAGAGAUAGCCAAAGCACUGCUGGAAGAGUCAAGGAGAAGCAUUGAGGAGCUUCCUAAAAGCAGUCUGUCUGAGAUAAAGGUGAUGAUAAAUCCUCCUGAAAUAAUCAGAAAUACUAUUGAGGCGGUGUUCUGGUUGGUGGAAGGAGCGGCCAAGGGAAACGCAGAAAGGAUUGAAUGGAGGCGACUGAUCCAGUUUAUGAAGAGAGAAGACUUUGUCUCGAAGGUUCUGAACUGCAGAAGCACUGCCAUUCCCAGUGCCCUCGAAGAGCUGAUAUCUGAUCCGCUGUUUACUUACGAGAAAGCACAGAAUGCAAGCAAGGCUUGUGGGUCUCUUUUUAUGUGGGUGAUAGCAAGGUGCAAAUAUGCCAAGAUUGUGGAGGAGAUAUUGCCGAUGGAGGAGGAGAUAGCAGUGCUUGGUGGUAGCAUCUUGAGAAACAGAGAGAAGAUUGAGGAAGAAGAAAAGAAGCUUAGUGACAUUGAGGGCAGAAUCGAGGACAUGAAGAACGAGUAUAAUGCAUCUGUGCUCAGGCUUGAGUCCAUAAAAAUAGAAAUAUCAACUGCUGACGAAAAGGCUUCUCUCGUCAGUAGGAUUAUAGAGGAACUAUCUGACGAGAUUGAAAAGUGGAAGAGAAUGAAGUACAUGUGCCCUAUAAGACAUAUGCUUACGAGCACAGACUGGGUUCUUCGUCACAACAAGAACGGCUUUGCCCAUGGAGGCAAUGUCUCUGAGCUUCUUAAGGCAAGAAGGUUUAUUUGCACAAGUCUCGAAGAUAAGAACUACCAACAGAUUCUGUCAAAUUGCAACUAUUAUGGAAAUGAUGUUAUUGUUUACGGAUGCGACCGGUUUGAUAAGGACGUAUAUAGAGCCUUAAAGCAGCAGAUGGACAGUGCUGCAUACUCGAUCAUACUAGUGUCAAAUUCAGGAACAAACUUUUACAAGGAGUACACAUUCAACUGCGAGUUUACAGAGAAGUUUGAGGCUGAGGAAUCUAGGAGUCUAGAAAGGUCUGAGGAGAGGCUUCUUGAAUUGAUAGUUGGGCAUGCACCACUUGAUGAGAUAUGCAGGCAUAAGAAGGCGCUAGAGGAAGAAAGAAGCAUUGACAGGCGGCAUGCAAGGAAAAGGGAGAUCUAUGAAUUUCUCAACACGGUGUUUAAUAAGAAAAGUAAGGUCUUCUUUGAUAUAUAUGGAGUGCAUCUUUCUUUUAGGAUCUACAAGGAAUAUGUGGAGAAUGUGUUGUUCCCGAUUUUGUAUGGCAAGACAUGUAAUGAUAGCACUAAGGAUAUGUGGAGCAGUAUAAUGGACACAGACAUAGGCCUUUUAAAAGACAUGAUUUCAAGCGAUGUAGACUUGUUCUACUCGAAUUCGCUUCCAGACACUAAAAGUGGAUAUGCAGACAUCCUGUGCGAAAUAGCCAGAUACCCAUUCGACUAUACACUUGUAAUUGCCUGUGACGAUGCAAUACAUAUGAUUGAAGAGAAGAUAGAGAUAACUUCUGUGAUAUCGGCUGGACCUAAGGAAAAUAAUGAGAAGAUCCGCGAGAUGCUAUCUGAGAAGUCCCAAGAAAGCAGAACCUAUCUAAUCAAAAAUAUCCACUUCCUAAGGAAUAUUAAGAAGACAGGGAACAGCAGGCUAAUACUUACGAUUGAGGAGGGUAAGAAGCACUCUCUGAUGGAGGACACCAAGGUUGUUUACUGUAAAAGAUGCGUGGCUCGGGAGGCAGCUGACCUUGCUCUAAUUUCCGAAGGAGAUUCUGAGCUGGUAAGGUUCCAUAUGGAAAUGGCAAGUAGGAGUAGCCAGUUUGGGCUGAAGGAUCUGCUUCUCUGCACUGAGAAUAUGAGAUAUUGCGAUAGAGAAUAUCUGAAGACCAUUGUAUAUGGCAGCAGAAUCGAUAUGUGA